AUGAGUAAAAAUGUUUCUAUCGACAUGCCUCCACACAACGUUAAUCUAAUAAACGGUUCCAUUAGUAUGAUUAAUAUCUCACCGAAAGAAAACUAUCUUGCUACUUACGGUGAAGAAAAUGAGACUUUUGUCGUUUGGAAGUGGAAGUGGAAAGAUGAAGAUAACAAAAACAAACUUAUAGACAAAAGCAUUGUUUUGAAAAACGAACCUGAACAAAAAUAUUUUUUUCUAAAAAGCGAACACAAAUUGUUAGCAAGUCACAAGAAUCAACUUAAAAGUAUUACCCAUAUGUUUAUCUCUGAUAAAAUGAUACUUGCGUAUAUUGAUGAUCAAUUUAAAAUCAAAAUCAUCGAUAUGACUGGAGACACUCAAGAAAUCGAUCUGUAUUUUAAUUUUGAUGCAAUGAAAGUAAAAUGUUGUAACUUCAACGAACAGGGAAAACUGACAUUAUUUUGUUCUGUCAAAAAUUAUAAAAAAGAUAAUAGCAAUAUUGUUUGUGUUUAUUCAAUCAAAAGAACACACAAAAAAAGCAAGUGUCGAAAGAUUUACAAGAUGCCUAAAGAAGCUGAAGUAAUAAGCAUAUCAAAUAAUGAUAAAAUUUGGCUGCAUUUAAAUCACAAUGUAUAUGAAUGGAAUCUUGAGAAGAAGCAUACAAAAAUUAUAGUAAAGGAUAUAGAUGAGAUUAACGCAGAGGAUAUUAGAAUCGCUUAUGAUAAAGAUUUUACUUGCCUGAAAACGAAUAAUGAGAAAUUUUUUAUUCAUCCAAAUGAACAGGAAAUUCCUCAAGAACCAUUAGAUUUGAAUGAAGGCGAACUGAUAGAUUAUAUGAAAGAUCAUCGAUAUUUGUUAUUUUCUUUAUUUGAUCACGAUCAUCUUUGGGUUUGGAAAUCUGAUCACUAUGCUAUCGAUUCUAAUUAUAGAUUUGCUAAUUUAGUCAAUGAGCUGGAUUCAUCAGCGGAAGAAAAAAAAAAAGAGCUAUUAAAACUUUCUGAAUUAACACCAAACCAAAAAGAUAAUUUAAAAGAAUGUCAAUUAGAUAAAGGUUCUAUUAUAUGGAAAAUUAAAAUUGAAGGAUUAGAUAAUAUGAAGUUUAAAACUCCAAAUAAUGAUACGAUAAAUUUUAUUGACGAGAUUUAUACAAUUUAUUCUAAAGCAAAGGAAAAUAAUGAUGAAAUUCGUAAAACAAGUUACAUAACAACAUUCAAAAAUUAUAUCAAAAAAGUAGAACUUGAAGCUGAUGAAGCAUUAAUUAAAGGUUUUAUUGAACGGCUAAUAAUAAUUGAUGAAGAAUCAAAAGAAGAGAGAGAUUGUAAAGAAAAAAAUAUUAAAUUAAAUAUUAAUGAAUGGCUGACCAAACAUGAAGAAGAGACAAUUAAAUUAGAUAUUAAUAAACGGCUGACUAUAUUUGAAGAAGAGAUAUUCAAAUUAGAUUUAAAAUCUGAUGAAGCAUUACCUAAAGAUUUAAAAGAACGGGUUGAAAAGGAGGUUCAUAAAAAUUGGAAAAGAAAAAUUGCAAAAUUAAUGAAGGACUUUACUAUACGUAUUACUAAAUUUAAAAAUUUAGCGAAAGAUUCUGAUAACUUUCAAAUUAAUAUCGAUAUUGUAGAAAAUAAAUUGCAAUGUAAAAAAGAUUUGAUUCGUUUAUUUGGCGCAGAUAAAUUUUUAAGUAAUGCAAAGGACCAAAAAGACAAAUAUGUCGAUAUCGGGAUAUUAGCUCUCAAUUCAUUAAAUAAUGAUAUUAUUAUUUUAACUGAAAUUGGCAUUUUUAUAUUCCAUUUUGAUGUUAAGAACUUAAUUUUUUUGAAUUAUUAUCAUAUACACUUGUAUGAAUCGGAUUUAUUUAUCGAAAAUAUCCGUAAAACGCCCGGAUACCCAAAAGUUGAUGACAAAGAUAGAACUAGUGAUUAUGAUGAAUUAAUUUAUGGAUGGAUGGCAUAUAUUCAAAAGGACAAUGAAACUUUUUUAAAAUAUCGUAGAGCACUAUUUAAUUAUACGACUGAAAAACACGAUACAGAAUUACUUGAUGAGAUUUAUAAUAAUUUUAAGGAGGAUAAAGAAUUCUUUUUAAAAAAUGGUUCUGAAUUAUUAAUGUCGGCGAUUAGGAUACAAGCUUCAAGCUUAAUAGAUAAGAUUUAUAAUGUGUGUUUAGAUCUGUUUAUAAAAGAUUUAAAAAACAAUAAAGCAUACUUAAGCAUAAUUAAUGAAUCAAUGCCAUUACUGGACAACCAUUAUCCAGAAUAUAUCACAAGAUAUUCAUCAGAUACAAACAUGAUAAUAGAUUCUCCUGAAUAUAAAAUCGAACAACUUAGUACAUCUCAUCUUAAUCCAUUUUCUAAUAUUGGUAUAGUUAAUUUAUCGCCAUCUAUUGCUUGGACAAAAUAUACUAGUCUGGUCAAUUAUUAUAGCGAUUCGAACGCUUUGCCCAACUGGGAAUAUAGAACUAAUCCACAACUUACCAUACUAAUGGUCUUAUUCUCUUUUUUAAUUGCUGUGUAUCUUAUGAAUUUGUUGAUUGGAUUACUCAGUAAUGCUAUUGAGGAAGAUAAUAAUAGAGUUUCGUAUUUGGUACAAAAAGCGAAGAUUUUGGCAGAAAUCGAAUUAUUUUACUUAUUUCCAUAUCAGAGACGUUGGAAAACCUGGUUCCCUGACGUAAUAUAUUAUCAUGCCAAUGUUGAAGAAACACGUAGAGAAAUUAAAAAACUAAUUAACUAUAAAGACUUUAAUACUGAUAAAUUUUCAGAUUUGAAGAAAAAUUUGUUAAGCAAGAUAAAACUUAAUUAUGUCAUGGAAAAUUUACAAGAUGUUAUAAAUAUUGAGGAAGAGUUUAAAAAAGCCUAA